CUUUGUCUCAGUCUCUCAGACCUCUCUCUCUCUCUCUCUCCUUCCGAAAGUUACAUGACUACUUAAUGAUUAGCAGCCUUUGAAGAAUUUGCCGGUCACUACUCUGCUUCCUCUUGAGCUAUUUCCCCCUCCAUUCCAGCCGAAACCAAUAAGAAACAAAGUCGGGCAAAACAUAACAACUCGUUUCUUCUCUAAUCUGCUCAAAAAUUUCCCAUUUCUCUGCAUUCUCUCUGCUCUCUCGGAGUCUCCCAAUGGCUGCUUUCGUCUCUCUCUCUUCCUUGGAAGGUACUAACUGACAAGCAUCUCCCAUCUCCUGAAACAUUAAAUUCAUCUCUUUCACUCUAAUAAAAAGAAAAUGAUGUCUCCAGUUGAUGAUGAGAAGCCCAGAAAAUCCAAGAUGGCGGGAUACAGCCAAGAGUUCCAGGCAAUGCUGGACAGCCUGGACGAAGAAGACACUCGCGACGAAGAAUUAGAAGAAGCUGCUGGAAGCUGCCAUGGCGCUGUAGAGAAGAAAAGAAGGCUGAAUAUGGGACAAGUCAAAGCUCUGGAGAAGAACUUCGAAGUCGACAAUAAACUGGAGCCAGAGAGGAAAGUGAAACUCGCUGAGGAACUAGGGCUGCAGCCGCGGCAGGUGGCGAUUUGGUUCCAGAACCGACGGGCCCGCUGGAAGACCAAGCAGCUCGAGAGAGACUACUGUGGGCUUAAAUCCAGUUACGAUUCUCUUAAGCUCGAUUUCAAGAACCUCCAGCAAGAGAACCGUACCCUUUCCCUCAGAGUGAAGGAAUUGAAAACGAAGCUGGAGGGAGAAGAGAGAGCAGAGAGCAGGGAGUAUGUGAAAGAAGAAUGCCCUGUUGUUUCGGAGUCAGAGAUGCAGAGUCAGAGCCUUGAUUUCAGCGAAGACAACAACAAUGGCGGCAACGGUAGUUGGGUCAGAUUCCAAACCCACAACGACGUUAGCAAUAUUCACUCUCCAGCAUUGAUGAACUGGAUUCAGUUCUCGGAUUCCAGAAACCAAAACCAUUGUUACGGCCACGACCAUGCGGCGAAACUGGAAGAACAGAGUAGCAGUAGUACUCUGUUUUCAGCAGCAGAGGAAUCCUGCAAUUUCUUUUCGGUACUGGAUCAAGCUCCUACCUUUCCAUGGUUCUGAAAGCAAAGAGAGGAGUCAAUUUCUAGGAAAAGUUAGUAUCUUCGUUGAAACUGGUUAGGGUUUUCUCCUCAAGAGGAAUAUCUGAAGUGGUGGUGGGAACCAGUUAAUGUUUCUUUUUCCUUGUUUGUGUUCAGUUCUUGGCCAGUGGGGAAAUUAUGAUAGCCGAAAAGUUUAUCGAAAGAAAGUAGGGAUCUGAUCUCGGUGCUCUUGACUUGAUAUCAUCUGCUGGCAAGUGAUUAUUUGUGCUACGGGGAACCAAAAUUCCCGACGGUGGGGGACUGGCGACUGGAGAUUGUAGACUCCCCAAAUGUAGAAACUUUGCAUUUAUUUUCGAAUCAUAAAUGAAGAAGACGAGUUAGAUAAGAGCAGUGCAAACACCCAUCACAUUGUAGCUAUAGAGAGGCCAAUUGUCUCUGUCUUGACCCUGAUUCCCAUGCGGUUCUCGAUUAAUGUUAUGAUUGGUUGCUUUCGCU